ACGGUUGAUAAUAAUAAUAUAGAAUUUUGAAUCAAAUCUUUCUGAAAUGAAAAAUUAAAUGUAUUAAUUCAUGAUCAAUUUUCAAUUUCUUAGUACUAUUGUAGAAUAUUAAUUAAUUUGUAUUUUUUUUAAGCUAAUUUAUUAUACAAUUUAUAAUGAAUACAUUUUGUAAAUGUUUGUAUUUUAUGCAUCCAAAACACUUAAAAUCAUUAACUUUAUUGAGUCAAAGGAAAUUUUCUCAGAAUCAUUUAUUAGUAAAAAAUGAACCAUCCUAUUUUUUAAUAAAUCAUGUAGAUGCAAUAUCUGUUAGACUAAGAAGCAGUGAUACCCAAACAGAUUUGAAAGUAACUUCAGCAAAUAGUGAUGUCUUACUGACUUGUAUUAAAACAGCAAAUAAUACAAGUGAUGUGCUUGAAAUGUUAAGACUUCAUAUUACAGUUAUGACACUACCACAACACUUAAAAGCACUAAACACAAUUUUCCAUUUACAAAAAACUCAUAGUAAAAUGUUAUCAAAUGAAGAUUUAAUUCGAAGUCCUGAAUUUACAGCAUUGUGUCAUAAAAUCAUAAAUCAUGCUAGAUAUUUAGAUCUAAAUGAUGUAUUAAAUAGCAUUAAAUGUUUAUCAUAUUUAAAAGUAUCAGUGAAGAGUAACAUAAUGCAAAUGAUGCUACAAAUAAUUAGUAAAAUGAUUAAUGAGUUAUCUUUACAACAAAUGACAUUUCUUCAUUUUUUAUUAAAAGAUUUGGUAUCAUGUCCUUUGGUUGAUGCUUUAAAGUUAGCGUUACCAAUAGUUUUUGAAACUCAAAUAAGAUAUAAAAUGGUUGAGAAUUUACACUUAGAAAUUGAGUUUCUUAAUUAUAUUACUAAACACAGAUUAUCACAAAAUACAUUUGACUUAGUCAUGUCAAGAAUUGUUAAACAUUUUGAUCAAAUCAACCCUAGUUUAGUAAAAAAUUUGGUCUGUUCUCUGUAUAGUUAUGGUUUCUCAACUGAGCAAUAUAUUAAUAUAAUAAACAAAUGUUUGAAUAUCUUGAUAACGCAUUCAGAUUCAUAUUUGACUGUUAAUGAUAUAGAAGCAGUUCUAUCAAAAAUGAUAAGUAAAACUCAAAAUGAAUCUAGUUUAUUUUAUAAUGAACCUUUUUCAAAUUACAUUGUUGAACUAUUAAUAAAAAAGCAAGCUGACUUUGAGACAUUGUCAUACAUUAUUAAAAAAUUUAAUAAAAUUGGAUUUGUUAGCUUCAAACUUCUAAAUCAUAUGACAUGUCUUUUAAUUGCUUCUCCACAUAUUUUAAGUGAAAUCAAGUUUGGAAAUUUACUGUCAUACAUUGCAGGUUGUGCUAUUGCUGAUUACAUACCUCCCGGUUUUUAUGAACUACAACCUAAUAUUUUAAAACGGUUGAAUUUACAGAAGGAUGUUUUAGAACUACCCUGGUUGAUUCUAGCUCUUGAUUUAGUUAUUUUAGAAUGUUGGUCGGAAGAAUUGAUAAACAGAAUAUUUUCUAGGUCAUUUCUUCAAUCAUUUUUGAGUCGAGAUAACCAAUUAGAUUAUUACACUUUAGUGCAACUUUACCGUGCAGUAAUAACUCUUUACCCAGGUGGUUAUAAAGGACCAUUACCACCAGAUGAUAUUUUAGAAAAAGCUUUUAAAUAUUUUCAUCCAAAUAUAGAAGACUAUCCAUUAAAAGUUGCGUUAGAGCAUGGAUUGGGUGGUGAAGAUUACGUGUUAACAUCAGUUCGUAGUAAAUUAGGACAUUUAAUAGAUCAUGUAGUGGUUAUGAGACCUGGAGGAUAUCCAGUAUCAAUUCAAAAAGAAGUAAAGAAAAAUCCAUCAGAUGUAAUGCUUGAAGACAUUGUUAAUUCAAGUAAUAAUAAGGUAAUAUGCAUUAUGUUCUGCAAGUCAACAAAUUAUUCAAUCAAUCUUGAACGCCUCAAAGGUCCUAAUGCAAUGAUGAUCAGAACUAUUGAAUCCAUGGGUCUACCUGUAUUAGGAAUAUCAAAAAGAAUUUGGGAUAGUCUUAUAGAUUAUGAAAAAAUACCGUAUAUUAUGAGAGAAUUAAAAUCAAAAACUGAAUUAAAUGAAAAAAAGGAAAAUAUCUAACUAUUAAAAACAUUGUUAGCAUCUUGUUGUACACGUCAUAAUGUAAAAUUAUUAAAAAAUUAUUGAAGUUAAACUAAUCAUUUUAAAUUGAAUUACCAAAAAUAAAAAAAUUCAAAUGUGAAUUUUUUUACAUCAAACCUCCCAAAUAUCUAAAUAUAUCAUAAUACUAAUAUUUCUAUAAUGAAAUUGUCUUUAGGUUAUUGUUAAAAAUAUAUAAUUUUCAAUUAAAUUUAACAUCUAGCAAAAUUAUGUUCUCUGAUAGGUUUAUACUAAAGAUGCUCUAUUUUAAUAUUAAUUCAUAUGUAUAAUUGAAUUAAAACAGAUCUUGUCUUAGUGUGCAGGUAUUGAAGGUCACUUUCAUUCUGCCGAACUCUAAAGUUCUAGAAUAUUAAAAGAAAUGAUUGUAAUAAUAAUUUUUUUGAAAAUUAAAACGGUAUGAGAAUAA